AUGACGUCAUACACCAACGCCCCACCCAGGCCUCUCCAGCUCAUCGGUAACGGCAACGGCGGCAUCAAUUCUCCUCACCAGUUACAUCACACACCAACGCCAUCACUCAGGCCUCUCCAACUCAUCGGUAGCGGCAACGGCGGCAUCAAUUCUCCUCACCAGUUACAUCACACACCAACGCCACCACCCAGGCCUCUCCAGCGUAUCGAACCAUUAUUAAAAAUAGAACAAGAAAAUGAUUCUGAAACUGCUAUUCAUACAGAACCAGAUGAUCUUGAUAUUGUUCACUCUAUUGAAGAGUCAUUUAUUAGAAAUGAGAUCCCUUGUGAUAGAUACAACAUAGCAUAUAUAAUUUUUUAUUUACUGGGAAUAAGUACUUUAAUACCCUGGAAUUUCUUUAUCACAGCAGAUGAUUAUUGGAUGUAUAAAUUUAGAGAAAUUAAAUCAAACAAAUCUCAAUGUAUAGAUUUUAAUGGUAUAGAGAAUUCAAAUAAAACAAAUUUGCAAACAAGGUUUACAUCUUAUAUUAGUAUUUCAAGUGCAAUUUCAAAUACAUUAUUUUUGAUAAUUAACACAUUUAUUAGUAAAAAAAUAUCACUAAGUACAAGAAUGAUCGGAUCUCAACUUAUUAUUAUAAUAAUAUUUAUUGUUACUUCAAGUUUUGUGAGAAUUAAUACAGAUAAAUAUCAAAAUAUAUUUUUUAUUAUUACACUGAUAAGUGUAGUACUUGUAAAUGCUGCCAGUGCAGUUUUUAGUGGAAGUUUAUUAGGUAUAAUAGGACAAUUUUCUGCAAAAUAUAUAACAGCUAUGUCUGCUGGGCAGGCAUUAGGAGGAAUUUUUACAGCUUUAACAGAAAUAUUAUCAUUAUGGAUUGGUGCUAUACCUGAAGUUUCAGGAUUAUUAUACUUCAUAAUAGGUGAUAUAAUAUUGUUGAUAUCACUAAUUGUAUAUAUAAUAUUAGAAAAAGCAGCAUUCUUCAAAUAUCAUGUAUCAAUUAAAAUUGAACAUUUAAGCAGUCUUGAAGUUAAUAUUGAUGAUGAAAUUAGUUUUUCUUGUGAACAAAUUUCAUAUUCUCAAAUUUUGAAAAAAAUAUGGCAGUAUGGAUUCAGUCUCUUCUUAAUAUUUUUUAUAACAAUGACAGUCUAUCCUUCUAUUACUGUCUUAAUAGAAAGUGAAAGAAAAGGAUAUGGGCAUGUUUGGAACGAUAUUUAUUUUGUACCAGUUGUUACAUAUUUAAUAUUUAGUUGUGGAGACUACAUAGGAAGAAUUUUAUCCGGAGUUUUUAUUUGGCCAAGAAAUAAACCAUGGUUAGUGAUAUUAUUAAGUAUUUCAAGAGGAGUUUUUGUACCUGCAUUUUUAUAUUGCAAUGCUCAACCACGUCGUUAUUUACCUGUAUAUAUUCAUGAUGAUGGGUUUUAUAUUUUACUAAUGAUUUUAUUUGCAUUAAGCAAUGGAUAUCUUUGUAAUAUUGUAUUUAUGCUUAUACCUUUAAUUGUUAAUUCAAAAGAAAAAGAAAUAGCAUCUGCUAUGUUGGGUUCGUUUUUAGGAAUUGGACUUUCCAUAGGGUCAUCUAUAAGUUUACUUAUGAUUAAAAGCUUAUAGAAAGAUUUCUACAAUUAACUGUAAUUUUAAUUUGUUUAAAAACUGUAUAUUAAAAAUAUU